GUUUGAUUCUGCGUUCAUUACCGUCCUGCUUGUCACACGUAUAAAAAUCCAUCAUCCUCCAAUGUAAGGCUUCCAGUAUUUCCCUCUUUCUCAGCAUCUUUCUCCCGCAUCAUUCCUCUCCCACAAUUUUCCCCGCAUCAUGACCGAACCGGACGAAUGUCUUUCCCUGGCGCUGAAAGGCGAAUCCCUGUGUCGCGCGGGGGAUUUUCGCUCCGGCGUGCAGGCCUUCCAGGCCGCCCUGCAGAUUGGCACCCAGGAUCUCUCCGUCCUCUCCGCCAUCUACGUACAGCUGGGCAAUGCCUACUUCUACCUGGAGAACUACGACAAGGCCCUGGAGUAUCACACCAAAGAUAUGCGCAUCGCCAGCGAAAUGAAGGACACCCGGGGGGAAGCCAAAGCCUCGGGGAAUAUCGCCAUGACGCUGAAGAGUCUGGGGCAGUUUGAGGCGGCCGUGGCCUGUGGGCAGCGCCAGCUGGAGUUGUACCGCGCGGCCGGGGAUGAUCCGGUGGCGGUGAGUCGGGCGCUGUACAAUCUGGGAAAUAUUCAUUUAGCCAAGGCCAAGGCGGUUAUUGGGGGCGGGGGCGAGUGCUAUGAGGCGCCCCCGGAGGCUCGCGAGCAUCUGGAUCAGGCGGUGGGGUACUAUCUGGAGAACUAUAAUCUCGUCACGGAUUUCGGGGAUCUGGCCGCGCAGGGACGGGUGUGCGGGAAUCUCGGGAGUGCUCAGUAUUUGCUUGGUAAUUUCCCGCAAGCCGUCAUGCACCAUCAAGAACGUCUCGUCCUCGCCCGGGAAUGCCACGACAUCCCGGCGGAACGGCGCGCCUACACCAACCUCGGCAACUGUCACAUCUUCCUGGGGCAGUACGCCCUGGCCGAGCAGUAUUACCUCAAAUCCCUCUCCCUGGUGGACAACGCCCGUGACCCCGCCCUGGAAGCCCAGGCCUGCUACAGCCUGGGCAACACCUACUCCCUCCUCAAUCAGCACGAGAAGGCCAUCGUCUACUACGAGAAACACCACCACAUCGCGCAGGCCCUGCAGGACCGCGUGGGCGAAGGCCGGGCCUGCUGGUCGCUGGGGGCGGCGUACGCGGCGCUGGGGAAGAAGGAGGCGGCGCUGCGCUACGCCACGGAGCACUACCGCAUCGCCCAGGAGCUGGGGGAUGCGGUGGGGGCGGCGUUCGCGCAGGCCAACGUCCAGGAGUACACCGGGCGGAUGGAUGGGCAGCCAGGUUCCCCGGAAGACUUAGCCGCCCGCAUCCGUCGCAUCUCCAUGGAGCACAUGGACCUCCUGCGCCUGUCGCCCGACAUGGCCAAACUGUCCAAAGCCCCCCUCCAGGCCCUCCCGGAAGAGGCACUGACACCACCCUCCACCUCCGCACCCACCGCCGCCGCUCCCCAUCCCCCGCACAGCAACGGCGCUGUCCCGCCGGCCGAGGAAGAGGACCUCCUGGACAUGAUCUGCCGUGCGCAGAGCAAGCGCCUGGACGAUCAGCGCUGCUCCUUCGUGGCCAACAAGGAGAACCACCACCGCAUGGGCAACGGCAGCUCCAAGACGGGCACGGCGCACGCCCAGGUGCGGACCUUCGAGGAUCUGAUGGAUAUGAUCGCCGGGGUGCAGAGUAAACGGCUGGAUGAGCAGCGGGCGGAUCUCCCCAGUCCCCUGACCCCGGUGCCCCGGGAACGCAACACCUCCAUCAGCAAAUCGGUCAGUAUUGCCGAGGAGACGGAUACGGUGCCGGAUGAGCAGUUUUUUGAUAUGCUGAUGCGGGUGCAGGGCGCACGGAUGGGCGAUCAGCGGGCCACGUUGAAUUUUGAUGAGAUGGGCAAGCGCAGCGAGCCCGGGAAGGAAUAACUUCGAUUUUUGGGAAUUUCGGGAAUUUUUUUGUUGGUUCCAUGGGGGAUUUUUUCUCCACUUUCUCCGCUUUAUGCUGAUCUUUUAUUUUGAAAUCUUUAUUGUUUUUUGUAUAGGCGUGUUGGUGUAUUCUGCCAUGUUAUGGUGUCAAAGCGUACUUUUGAGGGAUCGAUUUUGUUGGAUAGUCCUAUUUGUGUAGAUUGGUGUUUUUAUUUUUUAUGCUUUUUAUUGCCGAGUACGCUGUCGAUGUCCUGGAUCUUUUUCUCCACGAUCUUUGUUGGUUUAUAGAAUUUGUAUGUGUUAAGAGCACGGACCCGAUUAUUAAUUGCACUGUAAUGAAGGCGUUAUUAAAUUCAUUAAAUUAAUACACGAA